CGUAACAUUUGUCCGACACUUGUUUUGCGUUCGUGUGGAAAAGUUUUAAUGAUCAUGCUCGGACUUUUAACGCCCACAAAAUAUUCUCGUUGUGUUGGACAAUUUUUCGGAAGAUUUAAGCAGACGAAUAGACACCGCAGCUUCUUAAGCAGCGGUCAGUCUGACGAGUACAUCAGGAGUUUUAUUACAGAGAACACAGAGACAGCCGGAGAGCAGAGUCUGACUCCUGAGAUCAAACUGCGACUCUUCACCCCAAACUGCAGAUUUUGGAGAGAAAGACCAGAGCUGUGGCCUUUCGAUGAUCCCUACUGGGCCAUAUACUGGCCCGGAGGACAGGCACUGUCGAGGUUUCUCUUGGACACCCCCGAAGUGUGUCAAGAUAAGAAGGUCUUGGAUCUGGGGAGCGGCUGCGGAGCUUCAGCCAUCGCUGCAAAACUAUCUGGUGCUGCUCAUGUUGUCGCUAAUGACAUUGACAGUGUUGCAGCCGUUGCGACCCACAUGAACUGUGAGCUGAACGGCCUGGCGCCACCCAUUUGCCUGACCAACAACAUGAUUGGUUCAGAGCCCGAGGGCUUUGACCUGAUCCUCCUCGGCGACAUGUUCUAUGAUGAGGCCAUUGCCACCAGCCUUCACAGCUGGUUGGACCUCUGCAUCAAAACUCACGGCACCGCAGUCCUGAUCGGAGAUCCGGGGAGAGCCCAGUUUGAGGGACAUGGCAUCCGGCGGCUCCUGCGUCGGCUGGCUCAGUUUGAGCUGCCUGAGUCUGUAAGGGAGGAAAACUACGGUCUGACUUGCAGCAGUGUUUGGCACUACCAUCCUGAACUGUAUCUGAACUGAAAUGCAUCUUGGUAUUUUUUGGUGAUCUUUGACUCAGAGACACAUAGCAGUGGUCUUAUCUGUGAGUCGAACUAACGCCUGUGGGAGUGUAGUGUCCUCUUUAAAGAGAGCAAAACAAACAGCACACUGGGAAAUCUGCUGUGAGUAAUCAUCUUCACAGAAACCACAGCUGUUCAGUAUUUUAUGAAAAUCAUUACGCCUGUGUUCCCACUGUAGCUCUAAUAUAUAAUGUCAUUACUUUUUCAUGACUUUCCAAAACCAAAACCAAUUCCUAGUAUAUUGAUGUUGUUUUUCAGCUCGGAAAUAAAAUCUUAAAGGGCAGACAGUCUGUUUUUAGUACAGCCGGGGUUAGUUUGGAGAACAGCAAUUUAAUGUAAUAAAUGUUAAACAGUGAAAAGUACAUUCUGGCUGCGCCAGUGUGAAGUGGACAAAGUCAUUUGUCAUCUAGAAAAGGCCUUUUUUUAAACCAAAAGUCAACAAACAGUGAGGAAAGAUUCAACUAAAAUAUUUUCUUUAUAAAUUAAUAACUGAAUCCUCCUGAAGUGUUCUUUUAAGUUUGCUUAAAUUUAAUUGUGGUAAAAAUCAGUUCACAUCACAAAAUAAUUAACCAGAAAUUGUGGACAUUCAUGACAAUGAAGCAAGACAGAAGAGAAGAAGUAUUACUAUGCAAAUGUGCUCAUUGGCAGAUUCAAAGCUGACGUGGGUCAGUUUAGAUUUAGGAACAGCAGACUUCACCUGCUGAACAGGCGAGUCCGCUGACGGCAGGUCAAUAUUUGAGCUGAAUCUGGGAACGUGUGCCCAGGGUUUUAAUAGAGGAGUGGAACCCUUCAGCAAAUCCAAACAGAGCUUAAAGAAUAAUUUGUGUUUAAUGCGGACUCCGGUGAGUCUGCAUAGUGAAAACCAGAUCAUGCACCAAAUUAUCAAAUCAAAGAUGGAAGGAAUUGCAUCCUACAAUACUUUCUGCUGAAGAACAGUGAAAUUCACCCCAGCAACUUGAAUGUGAUAGUGAGCAACUUCAGCCCACUCUGUGGCUAGAGGUAUCUGUAUCUGAGGUUUAAUCUAAAACUGCUGCACACAGAGGUUUGACUCAGUUAAACGCAGUGUACCUCUGAUUAAAGAAGGAUGUCUACCAUU